CAGCAAGCGUCUGUCUGCUUACAUAUAGCAUCUGUGUGGAGUUAGACUACACCACUGUGAGAGGCUGGUGAAGAAAACUGGGACGCAGAGAGCUGCCAAACGCUCCCAUCGCCGACAGUCUCCCACACCAAAUGCCUGUGCACCAAGCUGUCCACCUUUGCGGUGUUAGCGCAGAAAGCUAAAGAACCGGGUAUGGGGCCCUCCAGUAUGCCGUCUGUGCCCCUCAUGGUUGGCUGUGGCAUUUCCUGUACGGCUCUACUCAUUCUGCUGCUCAUCUACGCUGCCUUUUGGAGGUACAUUCGUUCAGAGAGGUCCAUCAUCUUGGUGAACUUCUGCCUGUCCAUACUGGCCUCCAAUGUGCUGAUACUGGUGGGACAGUCCCAAACUCUCAGUAAGGGACUGUGCACUGUGACUGCUGCCUUUUUGCACUUCUUCUUUCUGGCCUCUUUCUGCUGGGUACUGACAGAAGCAUGGCAGUCCUACCUGGCUGUGAUUGGCAAGAUGAGGUCCCGCCUCAUUCGCAAGCGUUUCCUGUGCCUGGGCUGGGGUCUUCCAGCCCUUGUGGUCGCUGUAUCUGUGGGUUUUACCCGGGCCAGAGGUUACGGCACGCCAAGUUAUUGUUGGUUGUCUCUGGAAGGAGGGCUGCUCUAUGCUUUUGUCGGCCCCGCUGCUGUCAUUGUACUGGUGAACAUGCUGAUUGGGAUAGUGGUCUUCAACAAGCUCAUGUCUAGAGAUGGCAUCUCAGACAAGUCCAAAAAGCAGAGAGCAGGUCCGCCGUUGGAAGCGCGUAGCAGGCUGCUCCUGAAAUGCUCCAAGUGCGGCGUGAUCUCCAGUACCGCCCUGUCCAGCUCUACCACCAGCAACGCCAUGGCGUCGUUAUGGAGCUCUUGUGUGGUUCUCCCUCUGUUGGCACUCACGUGGAUGUCAGCUGUGCUGGCCAUCACAGACCGCCGAUCAACCCUCUUCCAGGUGCUCUUUGCUGUCUUUGACUCAGUCCAGGGAUUCGUCAUCAUCACUGUGCACUGUGCCAUGCGCCGAGAGGUACAGGAUGCAGUGCGCUGCAGGAUGGGUGGGUGCAAAGAUGACAGUGAAAACUCUCCGGACUCCUGCAAGAACGGCCAGGUGCAGAUCAUGAGGAGCCCACACCAUCCGAGCCUCUACAGUCAGGAGCAGUGCGGCUCACUCCGAUAUUCACCUGGGUGCUGCCAAGGCUGCCGCCAAACCUGCACCGCCCACCCUCCUCUAGCCUUGGCCAAUCACAGUCAUGGACAUAACCAUAACCACACCCACAUUCUCCACCAGAACCACACUCAGACUCUAAACCACACCCACCUUCUCAAUCACAACCAUGCCCACAACCUCAACCACAACCAUGUCCAUACUCUUAACCACACCCACACCUUGAGCCACAACCACUUGCAUACACUUAACCUCAACCAUGCCCACGUUCUCCACCAGAGCCAGAGCCUUGUCUUGGAGCACAAUCACAUGACUACGGACUUUGAAAAAGAUGUGGACUUAGCGUGUCAAACAGAAAGAGGACACCCAUUCAUUUUUAAGGAGGUAAACACCUGUAACCCUGCUACCAUAACUGGCACUCUAUCCCGCAUCUCCCUGGACGAUGAGGACGACCCCAAGUUGGCAACUCAUCAGGAAGGCGUUAAUUUCAGCAGCCUGCCUGGGAACAUCCCACCCCCUAAUCUCCUGGUGCAGGUACCUCCUUUGGGUCCGCUGAAUGAGCUAAGCGAGCAGCCACUAAAGAAGGACAUUAAUGUGGAGCAUCAACGAUCUGGACCCAUCUACCUGUGCACGGAGAGCGGGCUGGGUUGGGCCCGACCAAACCCUUCUUCCACACAGGAUUCAGCUGGUGGUGGAGGUGGGGAAGGGGACUACAUGGUGUUGCCACGUCGGACAGUCAGUCUCAAACCCCCUCCUCCAACCCAAGAUGAGGGGAAGCCCCUGAACAUUACACUAGAUGACCCUCCAUUUCCUCCACCCCCUUCACCCAUGACUCUGCAUCCAGCAGAGAGUGAGGCAUACCCUGCAGACUUUGCAGCUGUGGACCACAUCAGCAUGAACCUAAACCGCUCCUAUGGCACGCUCAAACAGUUGCCGGCCCACACCGGGCACACGCAUUCCCACACCAACACCCACACCCUGCAGGUCAAGCAGAAUCGUCCCUCUGUCCGGCAGAUCCUCACCUCGGGAACAGUGGAGCGCACCAGAACCCUUCCCCGCAACCUGGGCAGCACCAACACCAGCCUCUCGGCUGGAUCUUUGGAAAGGAAAAGAGUACGGUACUCUGAGCUGGACUUUGAGAAAGUGAUGCACACUCGCAAAAGACACUCAGAGCUCUACCAUGAACUCAACCACUCCACCAAGUUCCACACCAUAGACAGGUAUAACAGGGACCCUGCCAUGUCCUCCUUCAAGGUUCCCCCUCCACCUCCACCACGACAAUCUGAGCCUUUAACACGGAGAAUGAGCUUCGUUUACAAAGAGAGCCAACGUAAGCAUGUCAACCAGACUCAGUAUUCCCAGCCCCGUGUGGUAGGGCCCUGAUUUAUGAAGGCUCUCAUUGGUGCAGUGUAAACCCUCACUUUGUGGAGUCUAAGAAGUGUCGAGGACUAAAUGUUGAGUGUGUUUUUUUCACAUUAGAUUGUGUUAACUCAGCGUGGAAUAUUCCCUGCAAUGUUGUGGUGUACUUGUUGUAAAUCACACAGCUCUUGCUUUGACAUUGUGCUUGUGCUAGUGCUGUUUUAAACCCCUUUAAGUUUUUAUUUAAAACCAAACCAUACAUAUAAACCCUUAUAAACCACAAAAACCUUCGGUUAAAUUUAUCAAAAUGUGUUUUAAAAGAUCAUAAACACUUCAAAUUUAAUUUGGCCACAAAUCUGCAUUAAAGUGAGAAUAACCCGAUUGGUGUACGGUAAGUAAGCACAUACUCCUCCAGCAACAAGGUUAUACCGAUGAUAUUAGAAGUGUGUUUGGCGUGUGUGUGGGCCAUUAAAGAGAUGAGUGCACAUUCGGGAAAAAUCUAAGCCAUUUUUCCCUCCUGUCUUAUUCUAGACUUUCCUUUUAUCCCAUUGGAUAAUUCUAACAGCUGGUGAGGAAAGUGAGCUUAGUGGGGUCUCUAACACAUCUAAAUUGCCCCUUCCAGACACUGUCCAUUUCUUAUAAUCGUCUUUUUCUCUCUAUUUCCCUCCUACAUACGCUGACUUCAAUCUCUCGUUUGUACCACGGGUUCGCUUCAUCUUCUUCUUCUUUUCUACGGGGACAGUGGAGGUGCCUUAGUCACUUGCAGUCCGUUAAAUUGCUUGUGUUAGUGCGAAUGGAGCUUGAUGCAGUUUGAAAGGCAGUUAACCUCUAAGUGAAGAUGCUGGCUGGGCUGAUAGCUGUAGCGGAGGCACCCCAUAUGGUCCCAAAUGGAUGAAGGACUGGUACCCUGUGUUCAAUCUAUUCAUGCUAAUGGGGAUCCUACAAAUGAACACAGCGGGAAACUUAAGAGCAGAGGAAGGCAACAGUCUGGCUCUUGAAAUAUGUAUUAGCUGAAAGCCUCUGCUCUUACACCCACUGACUGUUUUACAAAAGAGUAAACAUCAUAAAUACAUGCACGGAGUUAGCAAUAAUGUAAGAUUUGAACAAUCCCCUAACCUAAAGUAUUAAACUAAGGCAUAUAACCCACAUAACGUAUGAUAUGGACAUGACUGAUGCUUUAAAUCAUGUACUACAUUUCUAUGCAUUUUUUUUCUUAUGAAGGGUGAUACAGUUUGGUUAAAAAAUCGUGAACUUCUUUGAAAGGAGGAGGAUUAAGGGCAAAAUGU